AUGGGUCAGGAGAAUCAGACAACUGUGACUGAAUUUUAUUUCUCUGAUUUCCCUCCAUUUGAGAACAGCAGCCUCUUACUGUUCAUUGCUCUGCUCUUUAUUUAUAUUUUCAUUAUUGUUGGAAAUUUCAUGAUCUUCUUUGCUGUCCGGUUGGACACUCGUCUCCAUAAUCCCAUGUACAAUUUCAUCAGCAUCUUCUCUUUCCUGGAGAUUUGGUACACCACAGUGACUAUUCCCAAAAUGCUCUCCAACCUGGUCAGUGAACAGAAGAGCAUCUCUUUCAUUAGUUGCCUCCUGCAGAUGUAUUUUUUCCACUCACUUGGAGUCACAGAAGCGCUGAUCCUCACAGUGAUGGCCAUUGACAGAUAUGUUGCCAUCUGCAAUCCUCUUCGCUAUGCAAUCAUUAUGACUCCUCGGCUGUGCAUCCAGCUGUCCACUGGCUCUUGCAUUUUUGGCUUCCUUAUGCUAUUGCCAGAGAUUGUAUGGAUUUCUACUCUUCCUUUCUGUGGCCCCAACGAAAUCCAUCAGCUCUUUUGUGACUUUGAACCUGUGCUGCACUUGGCCUGCACAGACACUUCCAUGAUUCUGGUUGAAGAUGUGAUCCAUGCUGUCUCCAUCCUGACCUCUGUUUCUAUCAUCAGCCUUUCCUACUUAAGAAUCAUCACAGUGAUUCUGCGGAUUCCCUCAGGUGAGAGCCGUCAGAAAGCAUUCUCCACUUGUGCAGCCCACAUUAUCAUUUUCUUGUUAUUUUUUGGAAGUGUGGCACUCAUGUACCUCCACUUCUCUGUUACGUUUCCCCCAUUGCUGGACAAGGCCAUUGCACUGAUAUUUGCUGUCCUUGCCCCACUUUUCAACCCAAUAAUCUAUAGUCUACGGAAUAAAGACAUGAAGGAUGCCAUCAAAAAGAUCUUCUGUUCUCAAAAAAUGUUUAAUGUCUCUGGGAGUUAA